AUGCUCUCCGGAGAGUCGGUGUGGACUUGGCGGGCCGAAUGGCCUGUUUCCUCUGUGUAGGGAGUCUGACUUGCUGAUUUAUUCGCUUCUCCACACUGCCCGGAUCCCUGUCUCCUGCAUUCCCCACAACCCCAAAUGUGUGUGUGUGUGUGUGUGCAGAGUUUUCCCCAGCCUCAGCAUUUCCACUGAGCGAAAGUGAUGUCCUCUCCCCAGCCUGCCGGGGAGCGCUGCCUUCGUGUGAUUCACUCAGCGCCGACGCUGCUGCUGCUCUGGAUCUGGGAGGUGUGGACGCGCCGAUCUCUGGGGAGGAGGGAACUUUCGGCCCGUCUCCAGUGACACACACACACACGGGCUCUCAGCGCAUCAAGGCGGCCUCCAAUUGGGAGCUUCAAAAUGGAACUGUCUCUGUUCACAAUCGGAGAUUGCAGUAACCCGGGGUAGGAAACCCCCUUCAGAAACAGCCGGCAAAUGAUUUGUGAGAGAAGACAUGAACAAUGGGGAACAGGAUCUGGUCUGGAGAAUGCCUUCACAUUGGCUUCCUGCACUAACUGUAUCAGACACCCAGAACAUCUGCCUGACACAGCAAACAGAUCUGGAAAGAAAACAAAAUCUCAAAUAAGAACAACCAGAACAUCACCUACAGUCCCAACUCCUGGAAUAUUUACACCAAUACUGCAGAAGAUAGAAUGAGUUUCAAGGCUAGGAACAUCUGCCCGCAUUGAGUUGGUCCCUGAGUGAGGGUGGCACAAGAGCAGAAAAACACCCCCAGACGAACUGAGAUAGCCCCCUCUCUAAGUGGGGUCCAGUUGGAGUGAUGCAUCUAUCCAGCCUGCUACCCCUUCAGAUCCUUUAUGUGACCCUGACUCUCUCUGCACAGCACUUCCCAUCCUGGGGACACUAUGACCUAUGUAAGACCCGGAUACACUGGGACAAAUGGAUGAGUUGGGAUUACAUGGCCUGUCAACCAGAGACCACGCUGCUCACCAGGUUCCUGAAGAUCAGUCUGGAUCCCCCCAACAGCACAUGUGGAGAAACCCCUGAGAUGUACUGCACUCUGGAGAACCCGUACAUGUGCAACAAUGAGUGUGAUGCUCACACGCCUGAGUUGGCCCACCCUCCUGAGCUGAUGCUGGAUGACGAAGGCAGGAUUCCCACCAGCUUUUGGCAAAGUGUGUCCUGGAGGAGCUUUCCCAAGCCCCUGUUGGUCAACAUCACACUGUCCUGGGGGAAGAGCAUCGAGCUGACCGAAGACAUCAUCAUCACCUUUGAGUCUGGCCGGCCAGAGCAGAUGGUCCUGGAGAAGUCCCUGGACCAUGGGCGGAGCUGGCAGCCCUAUCAGUUCUACGCAGCCGACUGCCUCAACUCCUUCGGGAUGGAGCCAAGAAGGGCCCGGGAUCUGAGGGCCGCCUCAGUGCUGGACAUCAUCUGCACCGAGGAGUACUCCAGGGGCUACGUGUGGAAGGUGGACAAGAUGGUCCGCUUCGAAAUCCAGGAGCGUCUGGCCUUGUUUGGGGGUCCCCGCUUUGGGGACAUGGCCUCACUAUAUGGCCAACUGGACACCACCAAGGAGCUGAGAGAUUUCUUCACCCUGACUGACCUGCGGCUCCGGCUGCUGCGGCCGGCCACUGGACCCACCAGCGUCGACCCCCACAAUCUCUCCAAGUACUUCUAUGCCAUCUCCAACCUGGACAUCCGUGGCCGGUGCAAGUGUAACCUUCACGCCAACAACUGUGUCAUGAAGAAGGGGAAGCUGAGCUGUGAGUGUGAGCACAACACCACGGGGCCGGACUGCGGUCGAUGCAAGAAAGGUUUUCAUGGCCGACGAUGGAGAGCGGGCUCGUACCUCCCCAUCCCCAAAGGGACGGCCAAUGUCUGCCUCCCUGACACCAUCACUAGCGGCUCUGAUGCAAAGCUGAUUCAUCCACGUCCAACUGUCCCAUCACUCGAUGUUGCAAACCCAAAGCAAGGGGGAGUGUGCGAUAACUUGCUAACACGGUGUGAGAACGGAGGUGUGUGUGAGGAGAACGGGAGGUGCCGGUGCCCCGCUCCCUACACCGGGCUCCUGUGUGAGAAAGUCCAGUGCAGGAAGGGAGCGGAAGGCUGCGUCUCCCAAUCGGCCCGGGAGCCCUCCUUGCACCGGGCGCUGCUCUCGCUGACCGCGCUGCUCACCGCCGCCCACGGCCGCCCGCUGCUCUGAGCCGCUUCCAGCGCCACCGGAAAGCUGAGGAGAGCGGCAGGACAGAUGCAGCGUUUACUGCGGCGCCGUUCAAACACGCUCCAACCUUCCCUCUCCCCCACCCCACCAUCCCCCAACCCCCCCUCUCUCGGGAAAGGAAAACUGCAGCUGAGGUCUGAGCCUGCCCAGUCACCCAGGCCGACUGGAUCUGAGGAAGGAAUGGACAGUCAGUGGGGAAAUUGGACUCUGUGUCUCCUCACAGGACUCGGGCAGCUCCUCAUAAUUCAUCCUCUCAUUGUCAGCCGAUUAUUACAUAUUCUACUUUGGGACAAAGAAAAAAGGACUGAGAUUUCUACACAGUCUUUCACCAUCUCAGGACCUACCAAAGCGCUUGACAAGCUUUGAGGAAUUCUCCUCGAUGAGCAGUGACGUGAUAAUGUCCAGAUAACCUGUUUUAGUGAUGUGUGUGGGAUUAAUGUUGGUCAGAACAUAGGGAAGACCUUCCCUGCCCAGCUUCCAAAUGGUGAUUGUGGGAUCUUUGACAGGGCCUUGACAUAUUGUCUCAUCCAGUCGGUCGUAUCUGUGUUAAAAAAAUGCAGCAUUAAUUCCUUCUUUCUCACACACUCAAACCAUUUCCUCACACCUACCUGCAUACUUGCAUUGCUAUCUAUUAACUAUUGCUAUUUGGGGCAGCACGGUGGGUCAGUUCUUGACACUGCUGCCUCACAGCACCAGGGACUCGAUUCCACCUCU